AUCAUCGGCACCUCUAGAGUCGCCUCCAGCGCCAUUUCUCUUUCUCCAUCAGAAAAGCGGCCAAACAUUCGAUAACCAUGUCCGACACAGAAGCCGAUGAUAUUCCCCCAGCACCUGUGGUUGGAGGUCCCAUGGACGUGAAUCAGGCUCUCCAGGAAGUCCUGAAAAACGCACUUAUCCAUGAUGGAGUGGUACAUGGUCUCCAUGAAGCCGCCAAGGCUCUCGACAAGAGGCAAGCAAUGCUCUGCAUUUUGGCUGACAACUGCGAUGAGCCCAUGUACAAGAAGCUUGUGACAGCCCUCUGCAACGAGCACCAGAUUCCCUUCAUCAAGGUUGAUAAUAAUAAGAAACUUGGUGAAUGGGCUGGACUCUGCAAAAUUGAUAACGCUGGAAAGGCACGUAAAGUUGUCGGAUGCUCCUGCGUUGUUAUCAAGGAUUUCGGUGAGGAAACCCCAGCAAAGGACGUACUCAUCGAAUACAUCAAACAAAAUGCUGUACACUAAGUUAUUUUAAUAAAACUUUGAUCGUAUUCCA